AUGCGAGGAAGUAAAGAACAAAUUCUAUUUUCAACUGUUAGAAAACUUAAAGAAAAAAUCGCCGAAACAGACGGUUUAAAAGAGAAAUAUAAUGCUGAUCUACUCAAAUUAUUAUGCUCGGGAAAAGUCAUGGAAGAUGAAGAAGUACUCAACACGUUCACUAUCCAUCCUGAAAGCGGAUUCCUUGUUCUUGUUAAACAAACGCCAGGCAAAACUAGAGCACCCCCAAAGAAAAAGACCUUGCCAAGCUUUAGCCAAUUUAAGAUGAAUGGGAUGAACUCACCUUUUGGAAUGUCAUCUAUGUUAAAUCCAAUGUUUCCACAAACGUCGCCUGACUCAAUGAUGAAUUAUUCGGACAUGAAUAAUGGAUUCAUGAAUGCAGCAUCUCAACAAUCCUUUCCAAUGCAACAACCAUUUCCAAUGCAACAACCAUUUCCAAUGCAACAACCAUCACCGCAAACGCUUUCCUCAGCUACUUUACCAUCACAAGGACCAUUGCUAGUUAAUGAAGAUCAUACAGAUGCUAUUGAACAACUUGUACAAAUGGGUUUUGAUCGUAAAACUAGUGAAAAAGUUCUACGUGAUUGUCGGUAUAAUGUACCAGCUGCUGUCGAACUUUUAACAUCGGGCUACAUCCCACCUGAAGACGAUUUUUCGGUACCCUCGUUUACACAUGGAUCGUUACCACCAACGCUGACAGUACCACCGAUAUCAACUCUGACGCUAAGUCCUCUUACUGCACAACCUCAGCCGCAAUUACAACCUACACCUCAACCAUCAAGUUCAUCCAAUGAUCAUAGCGCCAACAAUGCAGAUGCAGGUAUAGAUCUUCAAGCAUUUGGGCAAUCACUUGAACAAAAUCCUGAACGGCUUGCAGAAAUCAAAGAAAGACUUAAAUUUGAGCAUCCUGAAAUCGCACAAUUAAUCGACGAGGAUCCUAAAGCAUUUAUUGAGCUCCUUCGACAAGCAGCAAACGAAGAGGAUUCAUCUGUAAAUAACAACACGAACAGUGUUAGUACGAAUAAUCCAAGUUCUCAAUCGGUGACUCUCAAUGCUCAAGAGCAACAAAUCGUCAGUCGAAUUGAAGAAAUGGGUUUCCCACGAAAUAGCGCCAUCGAAGCUUUUCUUGCUAGUGGACGUAACGAAGAGAUGGCUGUGCAUUAUUUACUGAAUUCAUUUGGCUGA